AUCUAUUUGCAUGUGACACGACCAAUUUUGAAUAUUUUAUCGCUGGUAAUCGAUGAGUGUGAUCUUAGUUCAAUUGAUGUUCGCAAUUCUGGCAACAAAUUCAACAGUCUUUUUGGCAAAUCUUCAGUGAAGCAACUCUAUGAAGCAUUUGCUGUGGGAGCUGAUGCAGUACAAAAUACCGGGGUCGCUGUUAGUGAUGAUGACGAUGAUAACGAUGGUGGUGGUGGUGAAAAGAAGGCAGACAGCGAUAGUGAUUCAUUGCCUCCAACACCGCCUCCUGUAGGAAUUUUGAUAAAUGCAAGCGAGGAAAGAGAGGUAGAGAGAAUUUAUGAAGUUCGUCAAUCGCCUAGCAAGAAGCGAAAAUUGAAGUUUUGA